AUUCAAGUAGGCAACUUUCGCUUCCAACCAGAGGGUGGCGCUGGUGCAACACAACGUGUCUGCUGCUGACGAAGAAAGAGCGCUUCCGGGUCAUCUUAUGCUGCGACACAAAUAAGCUAACUGGAAGAGCACGAUGAGCCAUCCUCGUAUUAAGUACCUCAGUUUAAAUUUGCCACUCGUAUACACGUGAACUAAUUUUAUACGAAAUAUGACAUUGAUUUGUCCAUUUUUUGUUAGCUUGGCUCCUCGCGUCUAGUUAGCUGCUCGGACUGCCUUCAAAUUCUCCAUCAAGCCUGAACAAAGACCUAACUCUACAAGAAAGAAGGUACGCGGUACCUAUCAGGAUGAUCGUCAUCGUCCUGUUCGCCUACCUGACGCUGGCUUCUAGUCAGCAGUCGGAAGACGACUGGAUCGAUCCGUAUGACAUGCUCAACUACGACGCCAGCACCAAAACCAUGAGGAAGCCCACUGAGCCAGCGGGGCAUUCAAAUGUCCAAAUUUCACCAAGAGAUGACGUUCAGGACUCUGGCCAAGCUGAGGCUACAGUCUGCAACAAGCAACUGGCUCUUUUACAAACGCAGAUUGAAGUCCAGGAGAAGAGAAUGAAGCACAUCUUAAAGCAGCCCACAUGCAACCCAGUCUUUAAAAGGUUCCUCAGCAGACUGCUGAAGGACAUUCACAGACUUGGACUGCCCCCAGACUCGGCAGACGUCUCCUAUGACGCCCAGAUCAGACUGUCCAGACAAGCCGUGUCAGAGAUUCAAAUGCUCCUGGACGGAGGAGAAGACACCUGGAGAACGGGGGCUCUGGACAACGCCGUCAGUCAGAUCCUGGUGGACCUCCGACCGCAUGACUACGAGGCCUGGAGGUGGCGCUUUGAAGACACUUUUGGCGUGGAGCUGGACACCAUUUUAAAGGUGUUGCUGGCUGUGGUGUCCAUGGUGGUGAUUGUGUGCACGCAGCUGUGGUCCAGCAUCUCCUGGUUUGUGCAGUUCAGACGCUUCUUCGUCAUCUGCUUCUUCGUCAGUAUUGUCUGGAACUGGUUGUAUCUCUACAAGAUUGCCUUCGCUGAGCACCAAAGCAACAUUGCCAAGAUGGACAGCGCCAACGACAAAUGCACCGGAGUCAAAACCAUCGACUGGAGCGAUAGUUUGAAAGAGUGGUUCAGAAGCACCUGGACUUUGCAGGACGACCCGUGCAAGAAAUACUACGAAGUCCUCAUGGUCAACCCCGUUCUGCUCGUACCUCCCACCAAGGCCAUUUCAGUGACGCUCACGACCUUCAUCACCGAGCCACUGAAGCACGUCGGCCAGGGAAUCAGUCUUCAUGUAUGGAAGCGUGCAGGCCGCCUUCCAGUACGGCAUCACCGCACCCCUACGCCACCCAAAUCCUCCACCUCUCCCAGAACCGGAUCGGCGUCGUCUGCAAUCAGCGGAGGGCCGCGGUCGUGCGGAGGGAGGGAACGCACGGGAACGCUCUCCACAGCGCAGCGCCGGUGAGGCCGGACUGCAGAGGAACCAUGUUGUCCUGUCACGGCCCAGCGGAGCCCGGGAAGAGCCAGCCAGGAUGCGGGUGGAGACCUUAAGCACCGCCAACGCUUCUACCCGCAGCGAGUACCAGUUGGACGGGAACCGACGGGAGCGGCGUGCCG